AAUUGCGAGCCCUACGCUAUCGCCACGCUUUGGUCAGACCAGUCCAACCAGUACAAAGCCCGGAACUCCAUUCGCCCCCACUCCCUCUUCCUCCUCAUCUCCCCCUCUUCCUCUUCCUCUCCCCCAACCAUCUCCGCUCCUCCCCCGUCUUUCCCUCGCUCGCACGGCGGAGCUCCAACGAUGGGCGGCGGCGGCGGCGGCGGCGACGCGGCGCGGAUGCUCGCAGUGGGCCUCGUGUGGGGCGCCACCAACGCCGCCAUGCGCCGCGGCGCGCUCGUCUGGGACCGCAAGCUCCGCCGCCGCCGCAGCGCCGCCGCCGCCGCCGACGCCGACGACGGCAACUCCGGCGGAGGGCUCCUCAGCCUCCUCCUCGGCGCGGCGCGGCGGUGGAUCGAGCUCCUGAUAACGUGGCAGUACUCGGCGCCGCUCCUCCUCAACCUCUCCGCCUCCGCCGCCUUCUUCCACCUCCUCGGCGGCGCCCCCAUCUCCGUAGCCGUCCCCGUCACCAACGCCACCACCUUCGCCGCCACCGCCGCCGCCGCCGCCGUCCUCGGCGAGGAGGUGCGCCUCGCCCCCGCCGCCCUCGGCACGGCGCUCAUCGUCCUCGGCGUCUGGAUCUGCAUCCCCUGAAGGUGAUCCAACACUCUCUCGCUUGUAGGGCUUUUUUUUUUUUAUUUUGGUAGAGAUGUGUAGAGCUUACACGAAACAUAGCACAUUUCGAAUUAGGUAUCUGAAUUUUUAAAAUUUUGAUUUUCCUUCUUAAUUGAAUAGUUUUCUUAAAGUAAGAUGUACGAAGUUUGGAAGUAAAAAUUUUUGACAAAAUCCAUUCAAAAUAUUAUAGACACUCUAAGAAUAGGUAGUAAAUUUAAAAUUUUUUAAAAGGUUCGGAUAUUUAUUUCAAAAUAUGCUGUAGUUUAGGUAAGAUCUAUAUAUUUUUAUUCAUGUGUUCUAGUUAAUCAGGGAAAUUUUGUGGAGUGGAUCUGAAAUGUUUUUAGGAUAUGUGCCAUGGAAAAAAAAAAAAAGGAGAGGAAGAAGAGGCUUCUUUUGCCUUGUAUCUCUUAGGGGCAAUUGCUUCUAUACCCUUCAUGAGUUUUCAACUUUCACAUUUGCUCCUCAAAUUGCUUGUUAUCAAAUCUAUGUUUGUCUGAUUCGAAAUUCUUUCAAAUAAACCCUCAAAGUGGGGGUAUAUAAGAGAAACAUAGAAACUUUAGAUCGGUACAUUUCAAACAAAGGGUAAAUAUGAAACUCAGUAUACAUAGGCAAUUAUCUCUGACUCUUAUUCGCUCUUUUCUCCAUUGUUUAGCGUACUAUAGAAAAGUUUUCUCUUUUCUUUAUUGUUUGAUGUAUUACAGGAAACUUUGCAUCUAAAACUGAUUUGUGUUCUUGUAAUUUUCCAUUUGACACAUCUUUUGACAACAAUGUGCGUCGUGGGAUUACUGUCAUCUAUUUUUCUAUUUACCGACCCAAUAGAAUUAGAGGAAAGUUUUGACACGGAUCUGAUUUUAUCUAGAAUAGUUAUAGAAUGUAUAACUAGUUAGGGUAUUAUGCUAGAAUUCAGCUUGAAGCUUUAUGUUUGGUUGUGUGAAGUAUACUUAAUAAUUUUCAUUUCUAACGAGAGGAUAAAUUCAUUCCACAACUUAAUUAAUUUUCUCAUUCUCUAUGUGAUAAAGAGAUCUUAUACAUCAUUUUGGAUUGAGAUAAGAGAUUGUGUUUUAGUUGUCUUACGUGCAUGAUCAUGACCAUUGUCGCUUUAGCCAUUCGAGGACUAACCAGAUUUAUGAUGUUAUUGGAGUGAUAGCUACAGAGUUGCUAGAAAGACCCUCUUUGGAUAAUUUUAAAUUCUAAAAACAAAGUUCAAGAAGAUGGUACUUCUUGGAAAAGACUCGCUUGAAAUGUAAGUUUUCUGACUCUGGAGAAGGUAAAGGUCUAGGCUUGAAGUUCUUCGGAGCUGUUUAUGUUGAUUACUGGUGAAAUUUGGGGCAGAGAUUGGAUGUUUAUGAUGAUCUUGUUAGUACAGCAGUAUGAGAGGAGGAAUCUGCGAGCUAUUUUGUUUGCUGCAGAAGAUUUUGCCGGAUAUUUAGAAAUGCAGCAGAAAUGAGGAUAAGGUAGUGUUACCCUCAAUAGCUGAUUAAACUUAGCUUUUUCUAACAUUUUGACAAGUUCAGAAGAAAAAACCAAUUAAUAUUAGGAUUUGGUGAUUGAUUGAUUGAUUGGCUUGGAUCAUUCAUGUAGUUCACCUCUGGGGGCUUGGCUUAGUUAUAAUACAAGUUACUGGGCAAAAUAGAACAACAUAAAAUAUGAAAGAUUGGGAGAUGACCAAUGAAUUACUUAAUUCUUAGUUUAUUCCAAGGAGGAAGAGGUGAAAGAUUAAUAGGAGUUUGGGAAACAUAAAGGAAACUAUGUUUCUUCCAUUGACAAACACUUGACAAAAGUACAAAGUAGAGAGCAAUUACAUGCAGUGUUACUACUGAAUUUGGACCCAAAUGGCCUUGCUGGGCACGCCGCUGACUACCACAAACACCAGAUAGUACCCAGGCGGUGCGAGCUCUGCCGUGGGCGGUGCGGUCACGGAGAUCUGGCACUCGUCCAGGCCGAUGACGAAGUUCUGUAUCUCUAGUAUGAGCAGUCGCUGAUUCAUAGAGAACCCAUGUGUCGUGAACGGCGGCGCAUACAUUGUCACCAUCACAUCUUGCUGCUCCGUCAGCUGCUCUGGCAGGCGGAAGUUGAACGUAAAGGUUUCGCCAUACUGCAUCCCGCCGGACACCGACUCCUCAUUGAUCUCCGGCCGGUUUGCAGUCAGCUGCUCGUCCAGAUAUGGCGGGUAGAACCGCUCCACCCGCACCUCCGUCGGGAACUCGGCCGUGAAAUUGUAACGAUCAUUAGCGUUGCUGCCUCCGACCAACACGGUGGCGUCCGGCAGCACCGCGCUGCUCGAGUGGUACAUGCGCGGGAUGUUCGUCGCGGCAAGUGCGCGGAAGCGUGACGCUCUGGGCUUCUUCGGGCUGUAGAGCAGCGGGGAGAGGACGGGGUCGUGGCCGAACCACCAGCCGGCGCAGCCCUUGGAGGCACCGUUGAUGAUAAGCACGUCAGCGGUCGGGAGCAGGAGCAUGUCGCCCAUCGUGCGGCCCACCGGCAUCUGCUCUAUGGCCCACUGGGCUUUUGGGUCCGUGAUGCUGAUGCGGCCGCAGCUCUUUAGAGCCGGCGGGUAGAUGUGCUUGUCGCCCAAGGCAAAGGCGUCCUUCUGCGCGCCACCGCACACAAGGACCUGCGAAAUUGUUAGCGAAACAAAUAUUGAGUGCCUGUUUCGCUCGCUUGCUUCUUUGUCGUAGCCAUAAAACUACGUGACUUAGAUGAAAAAAUACCCGCGCCUGGACGGGCUUUUUGCCGGCUUUACGCAGAUCGAGGGGGAGGAGCGCGGACAUGCCGGAGGCCGGGUAGUUGCGAGCCCCGCCGGGGAGCGUGGGCAGCUUGCGUACGACGGCCCAGGUGCGGGGGUCGAGGAUGACGGCGCGGUCGUUGGCGAAGACGAACAGGUUGCCGUCGGGGGCGAGGUGGACGAAGGGGUACAGGUUGUUCUCCAUAUUGUCGGUGGUGUCCCGCAGGAACUGGAAGUUGGUCGCUUUGGUGUUCUGCUUCCCGGCCUCGGGGACUAACUCCAGGCUGAAGCUGCGGCGGCCACCGAGCACAACAAAGCUGCCGUCCGGCAGGAUUUGCUGGGUCCCAUACCUGCACGCAUGCACGCACGCACGCACGCAUGACGUACUUUCGAUAUCAAGAAGCAUGUAGCCACAUCCUUUUCAUACUAAUCUUACAAAUCUUACAACACUCCUAUUUAUUAAUUCUCAAUAGUCUGAAAAAACUGUAUAACCCUUUAACUGGAUUGAAUAUAAGAUUUUACAGCUAACUUUUGGACA